GCAUGCCCGACUUAAUGUUACCCUCGGGAGAUCGUAGGCGGAUCUUGCGAGCUGGCAAGCCUUUGAACGGAUCUGGCGCGAGAGUUUCGGGAGCGGAGAGCUCAGACCGGCACCAGCCUGCGAGGAAGAGUUGUUCCGCCCGGAGUGCCAGGACGUCUUCAGUUUGCCUUACGUGCUUGACGGAAGGACCCCACCCUGUUCCCGCGUGUUCCGAAAAGGUUUGAUCGACGCGGGCUUGUUCUCCAAGCAUCCGCUUAAGUCGGGUACGUCCCUCUACAGGAGGAAUAUUCGAAAAUAGUCAGAAAAUAGUCUGGGGACGAUGUUUCGACUAGUUUCUGACUGUUUUUGAAUAGUUGUUGGCUAUGCUUGAUUUUGUUAUUCCAAAAGCCGCCUAUAGGAGGACUUGCCCGACCGAAGCAUACGCCCCUGCUGCCUCUGAGGAGCCGAAGGUCGAGGAGAAGGCGGAUGAGGGCAACGCCGUGAUCGUCUUGACGUCGGGGAAGUUCCGGACGGCCGAGACCAAGUGCAUCAUCAAUGAGGCGGACGCGAAAGGCGCCGCGCUGGCGCCGGCUUCCGAGCGGAAGCCCUUGCGGAGGAAGCCAACCCGCAAAAAGAGUCGGCCGACCUGUGCAGGAGGGGCUGAGGCGGCAGCGCCCCAGGCCGCCUGCACAGACGAGCCAGUUGGCGAGCGGGGCUGCGACUCGGGCGCGCUGGCCGACGGCGGCGAAGCCGCCGAGGCCGCCGCCGCUGCGGCCGCAGGACCUGCUGGCGCGGUGGAAGGCGAGUUGCAAGAGCCCCUGAGGGCGCCGCCGCGGUCCCAGAGCCCCAGCGGCGGCGGCGCCGGGGCGCUGGGCGCCUCGCGCCUGGGCGGGGGGCAUUCGAGCGGCGAAGCGGAGGGACCGUCGCCGCGGUCAGCCCGACCUGCGUACGACGGCAAGGUGCCUGAGGCGGCCGCCGCGCAGCGCUCGCCGCCUAUCGCCGAGGCUCUGUUCAAUUGCCGCGAGCCCGCGGGGUCUGUCGCGCUGGGCGAGGGGCGGCAAAUGGAGGCGUUCCACGUUCCUGCACAACGCAACGCCACGCCCGAGAUCAAGAGGCUCGGCCCCCGCAACACGCGCGGCAGGAAGCGCGCGAGAAAGGCCAGCGGCGAAGCUGGGCGCGGCGACGACGGCCAGACCGAAUACUUCCGCUUCGCGGCAGAGGAGGAGACCGCCAGGGUCUUCGAGGACUACAAGCAGACCGUGCUCAACGCAGUCAAGUCCGCGGUCGACGACGCCGCCAGCCUCUUCGAGGACGCGUCCUUCGAAUCUUGGAACGCGAGGGCGCUCCCCCAGUGCCUUGGCAAGCGCUCCAUCGGCAAGCUGAAGUGCCUCGAGCGUCUGGAUUGUUUGAAUAGCGCGGCGUGGCUGGCGUGCAGGAGCCACAUCAAGAUGCGAUCCAGCUACAGGACUUUGUUGGGGAAGUCUCUCCUGGCCUGCGCGCCGGUGCCAGCUGCUGCGAGGACUCGUUAG